AUGCAGCAGCCGUCCCAGUACGACAUUCAGCGCGAGGUCGAGGCGCUGCGCGACCUCAAGCGGCGCUCGUCUACGCCCGCGACGAUAGACCCGGACCUGCCCGCGGCGGCGGCGGGCGGCGGGUCGGGCUCCCUACACUGGUCGGGAGGGGGCGCUAGUAGCGGCGGCACGUCGUCCGGCAGCGCGCACUCGCACGAGGACGGCACCACGGACGAUCACAGCGAGGAGUCCUCCAGCACGUCCCACAGCGGCAGCUCAGAGGGCGCAGCGUCCGCCGCGGACGAUCCGCUCCACCUCUUCUGGGUCCCCGCCAGCCUACAUCCCGAAAUCGCGCCUCAGGAAUUCCGUGCGUUCUUAAAAGAGCACUCGCGCAAUCCGCCCACCGAUGCCUCCGCCACGCUGUCCCGGUCUCCGUCCAUGUCUUCCGUCUCGUCUGGCCUUGGCCGCCAGAAAUCGAUGCUCAGCCGGCAGUACCGUCCGCGCGAGGGUGACGACGUCGAGAACGAGGAGGUCGUCCCUCUUCGCCGCAAUCGGAGCAGCUACUACCAGUCUCAAGGCCCACAGCUCACCAUCAGCGACCUCCAGAAGCUCGAGGAGCUCGCCGAGGAGAGCAAUGAUCCCGGCCAGCUACGCACCAUGCUUCGGCGCAGCCUCAGUCUUAAUUUGUCACCGACCGCUCUGACGUCGAUGGACAAGGUCCCAGAUAUGCCAGACGAGGCAGAUGCGCCGAUCAUUGUACCCCCUCCCGGCCUCAUCCUUCGGCGGGCAGCCCGCACCAAAAUUCGCAAACCAGGCUUACCAGGUGACGGUAAUGGACAUCGCUUCGGCUCGACAAGGAAGGGAGGGCGGACGCGGCGGUCCAGUGACGUGUCUAGUGAUCACGGUAGUGCGGAGAGCGAGGAGGUCGUUGGACCGAGCACCAUAAGGCGAAAGCGCACGCUUUCCGAGGAACAACCGCAACCAAGACCGGACUCAAUCAGCGACACCAUCUACGAUGCAUACGUGCGCGAAGAUGAAGAGAUCCCGCCUGUCCCCCCGGUUCCCAUCAUCACAUCCCCGCCGCCUGAAGAGCCCCAGCCUGAGCCAGAGGCACCUCAGGCCGCGCCGGAACCCGUCGCACCAAUUGCUGAGCCGGAGUCAGAGCCGGCGGUCCGACCAGAUCUCCUCGAAGCUCUUGGACCCGUACUUCAUCAACCCCAGCCGCAGCAGCCCUAUCUCUCUCCAGAGCCCCCAGAGCCUGCUACUCCAUCACGCACGCCAUCCCCCGCCGAGACUACGACCUCACCGCCACCUACUCAACCUGCUGGCGCGGAGCCAGGGCCCUCCCAGCCGAUCUUCCCUACUCCCGCUGGCCAUCGCAAGGAGAAGGACAAGAAAGGCCUGUUCGGCAAAUGGGGCAGCGACAAGAACGCCAAGAAGCAUCACAAGUCAAGCGAGAGCCUUGCGCGCGACCGAGCAGCGGAGAAGGAGAAAGAGAAGGAAAAGGACUCUGGCUUUUUCGGCUCGCUGUUUGGCGGGAAGAAGAAGCAGGAUGAUAACGUGCCUUCGCCGCUGAGCAGCGCAUCGGGACGAGAGGCCGCGCAGGCCUUGCUCGGUGCCUCGAAGUCCAGCAAGACUUACCAGCCGCCGCCCUCGCCCAGCCAGCCGAGCACGCCUGGGAUGAACAACUGGUCGCGGUACCCGAUCCAUGUCGAGCGCGCCAUCUACCGCCUCAGCCACAUCAAGCUCGCCAAUCCGCGACGGCCGCUUUAUGAGCAGGUCCUCAUCAGCAACCUCAUGUUCUGGUACCUCGGCGUCAUCAACAAGGCGCAGAACCCCACCGCGCAAGUAGCGGGUGCUGGUGCUGGCGCGAAUGGCGCGAAUGGCCAGGCCAAUGGGGCGCAGCAGCCGUCGGAGGAAGAGCAGGCACGGCAGAGGGCGGAGCAGGAGGCGAAGGAGAAGGCGGAAAGGGAGAAGGCCGAGCAGGAGCAGCGUGAGCGCGAGGAACAGAAGAAGCGGGAGCAGCAGCAGCCGCGGAGGGGUCCACUGACGAAGCCUGCUCCCGCUGGUCAGGCGGGCGGGCGACGCGCGGAGAUGCCCAUUAAGGGUCCCCAGUACGACGUGCAGCAUCGGGAGAUGGAGCAGCAGCAGUACGGUGGCGGGUACAACGGUUCAAUCCAGCCUGGCAUGGUCAUGCCUCGCCAGCAUCCACCCCAGCAGCAACGCGGGCCGCCACCCAAUCAGUACGGCAAUGGGCCGCAAUACGGGAACGGGCAAGCACCGGGCCAGUAUGCGAACGGCCCGCCGAACCAAUACGGGAACGGCGUCCCCGGCCAGUACGGCGCGCCCAAGCUCGUGCAGCCGCAGCCUCAGCAGCAGCCGGACAAUUACUACUACCAGCCCGACCCCAUGCGCAGCGGUGGUCUACCGCCCGGUGCGAUGCCGCCUAUGCAGCGUCCCCCUGGUUCGCCCUCGCCACCUCCAGGUUCGCAGAACCCUCACAGGAGCUCGCGCUCGCCGCCACCGAUGGUGCAGAACAACGGGAGCAAGCCGGGUCGCUCUCUGAGUGCGACUGCGGUGCCGUCUCCGCCUCCUCAGGGUGGCAACGUGCUGGCGAAGCCGCGGAAGGGGCAGAGCGCGCAUGCUGUGCCCGCGGGUCACCGCUCAAGGACAGUAUCCGGCGGUGGUGGCGGUCGGCCAAACGGCGUCCAGGAAGAGGACGUCCCGCUAGCAAUGUGGCAACAGCAGCAGCAACGGCGACGUUGA